AUGCAGAGCGCCGGGAACGAGCUUCCUAACAAUACCCGUAUUCAUCCUCCAGGCUUUUAUAUCAUAGGACUGAACUCUAUGCCGCACACCAACAUCUACGUCAUUUUUCUUUCUGUACUUUACAUGUUUACAAUAAUUUGCAACGUUUUUCUCAUCAGCAUCAUUUUCAAUGAACGUCGUCUACACAUCCCAAAGUUCAUGGCCGUUGGGAACCUGGCCGUGGUUGAUCUUGUGCUCAGCAGUUCUCUUGUGCCCAGCAUGAUAAAGGCGUAUCUUUUUCUGGACAAUUUUGUACCGUUCAAAUGGUGCCUUUUGCAAAUGUACACUUACUAUGCUUUUUUAUCACUCGAAUCCAUGUCGCUGUGUGUUUUGGCUUAUGACAGGAUGAUAGCAAUUUGCUUCCCUUUGAGACAGGAGACAUUGAACACCAACACCAAAAUGGCUUAUAUUAUAGGUGGGAUUUGGUGUUUUGCCAUUGGUGUUGUUAUUUAUGGCCCUACAUCCAUUACAUACUUAUCAUUUUGCGGCUCGGUGAAGGUCAACAGUUAUUUUUGUGACUAUGCUCCUGUUUUCAGGCUUGCAUGCAGUGAUAAUUCCCAGCAAUGGAUUUUUGCCACCAGUUUAUCCAUACUCCUAAUGUUUCUACCUUUCAGUUUUAUUUUCUUAACAUAUACGUGUAUACUGAUCUGUGUGUUCAGAAUGAAAAGCAUUCAGAACAGAUAUAAAGCACUGGCUACGUGCUCAGAGCACCUUAUAUUGGUGGCGCUGUUUUUUAUCCCUGUUUCGAUCGUUUUUAAUCUUGGUUUUUUUGGAAUUGUUAUAAAUCCUAAUGUAAGAGCGGUGGUGCUGUCCAUCACUUCUUGUCUUACACCCUGUGUGAAUCCCAUUCUCUACUCUCUGAAAACUAAAGAGAUUAGAAUCAGAGUUUAUGUUUUGUUUAUUCAGAGGCUGUCUGUCCAUCCACUACCAAAAUGA